AGGAUCAUCAUAGACGUGUUGAGGCAGGCAUCGAAAGCGUGCGUACUGAAGCGAAAAUUCAACAAAGCCGGGCUAUUGAUACGCCAAGCGGUGACGUUGCAUCGGAGCUGUACCUUGAGGAUGGUCAUCCUUAUUUCGCAGACGCCCUCACCGAUUACGCGUUCUAUUUGCUCAAUUCCGAUUCUGUACAGGAGAGCGUUAAGGUGUACGAUAAGGCGUUGAGCAUCAAGAAGGAGUGUUCGAGAAAAAUAACAUUCAUGUGGCGUUAGGGCACGAGGAUUUGGCGUAUGCGCUCUAUGUGAACGAGUAUAGCUCUGGCAGGUUUUAUCACGCAAGAGAAAACGCAGAACGAUCUAUACGUAUCAUGGAGCGCAUACUGCCGAAAGACCAUCACUUGCUCGCCUCGGUGAAGCGGGUCAAAGCGUUGAUCCUGGAAGAGAUUGCCCUGGACGAGCAAGGCAACAUGUACCUGCAGCUGCAGUAUUUGGAGGAGGCCGAGCAAUUGCACAGGGCCGCACUUGCGCUUUCGCAAAAAUCGUUCGGGGAGGAUAACGUCCAGACCGCCAAGCAUUACGGAAAUCUGGGCAGAUUGUACCAGAGCAUGAAGAUGUACGAUGAAGCGGAAAGGAUGCACGUGAAGGCCAUUAUGAUUAAGGAGGAGCUGCUGGGAAAGGACGAUUACGAGGUUGGACUGAGCACUGGCCACUUGGCGUCCUUGUAUAACUAUCACAUGAAGAGGUAUAGGGAUGCUGAAAAGUUGUACCUUCGCUCACUAGAAAUAAACUUGAGACUGUUCGGAGAGGCGUAUUCAGGCUUGGAAUACGAUUAUAGAGGUUUAGUGAACGUAUACGCGAAACUGCUCGAGCACGAAGGCGUUAUCAACUACAGUCUCAAAAUGACCGAGUGGCAACGAUUGAGAGAAGAACCGAAGAGUCCCGAACAGAAUUUGGAACCGCAACCGUUGAAACAGAUAUUAGAAAAUUAUUUCAACUCCAUGGAGUGAUUGUUAUGUUGAUUGUUCAUUUGCAAACUGCCCUUUUAGUAAGAUAGAAUUAGUACAAAAAUGUUAUUAUUUGACGAGUAUACGCUCCCAUGGAGGGAUUCUGAAAUCGUAAGAUAAAACUACUGCGAUGAUAUUUAAUUGUUUUAUGACAAAUGACGCUAUUAUUAUUCUAUAUUUAUUUCUCAACAGAAUCGUAAAAUGCAUUUUUGAUUCAAGUAUUACUGAAUUUAGCCUCGAACAACAAACACUACGCCUGCACGGAGUCGAAUAAAUCAGCUGGACUGUUAACGAUACUAUGUUUCUUGUACUAUAAAUACAGAUGCCGCGUGUUAUCGUCGCUACUUUCUAUUUUGCACCACUGUUUCUAAUUAUAAUAAUAUCAUGGUGUUGUCAUUAUACCCCAUUCCUAGUCCAUUUACGCUCAAACAAAACACAACAUGCCCUAAAGCGAGAAUGUACAGGACCGUAUUUUCCUCAAUGAUUAUUUUUAUAGAAAGAACUACACAUACUUUUCACAAUUCUUUAUUCGCCGGAAGUACUUAAAUCAUCGUCUGAAUGGUUAAUAUUAAUUAUUUAUUACAGGUUCAAUUUGAAUAUUGAUCAUAUUGUCCAGGUUGUCUCUUGAACGUGACGGAUGCAGUCUUUCCAAUGGUUUGCCGUCACUCUGUUGACCGCUUCAUAAAACAAAUUUUUCACGUCCGAAAAUUUGAAUGUUCUAUUGGCAUAGUUUUUUAUAUUUGUCCAAAUCAUUUCAGCGGGAUUUAAUUCGCAGUGAUAAGGGGGUAGCCUUGGAUUUGAAUGUUCUAUUGUUUGAUGCCACAUAGUUUUUUAUAUUAGCCGAAAUCAUUUCAAUGGGAUUUAAUUCGCAGUGAUAAGGGGGUAGCCUUGAAUCGGUCUUAUUUUGGUUUUUCGCCAUUUCGUCGAUAACAUUGAGAUUAUAUUUUUAUUUCUGCUACCUGACUAGAUGGGCAAGUUCUGCUUUGACCAUAUUUUCACUGAUACUAAUGUCUUUUGACAGGAGCCAUUGUCGAAUUUCUGCCUUUCUUGUGGACAUUGUGGGAAUUUUUUCUAGUUUUCUAGUGUGGUAUGAGGCGUUAUCAAGUACAAUGACGGCAUUGUCGUCAAGCUUUGAGAGCGUUCAAAUGAACUCGCGUCCAUUUCUGCAUGGUAGUCGGUCCUUUUCUUUAAGUCAAAUGCCCAUAAAGUAGUGGGCACAAAGCCAUCUUCACUGCCAAUGUGAUAGAUAACAAAUCGUUUUUCUUUUCCUGGAAAUAAUUAUUUCAUAUAGUAUUCAAGAAAACUAAUAAUGUCACAAGGAGAGUAUCUAACAGUUUUUGGUUCCAAAUCGACCAGAUAAAGCUAAGUUUUCAGCGUGGGCUCAUAGAUUCAGGUUGCUUGACACCAUUUUUACAACACAAAUGACGAAUUAGUUAGAUACACGUACCUGACGGAUUCGUCAGGUCAGUGGUUAUUCCAUCUAAGAAGGCUUAUCUUGCUGAUUUAAUUGUAGAUUCAGCCCAUACUUUAGGUUUUGUAUGUCCUGCAUUUAUCCAGGUUUCAUCCAAGUAAUGAAUCUUCCUGCGCUGGUCGCGAUAUUUCUUUAUUGAUUUUAAAUAAUUUCUUCUUCAUAAAAUAAUCUUUUGGUUGGCCAUCAAAAUACUAUUUCUAUACUCCAAAUGAAGUUCUUUGAGUGAACUAUAGAAUGUGGUCCUUUUGAAAGUAGGUAAGUCUUCAUCACUAGUAACCUCCUGUAAUACUUUGUCUAUGGUGGGAAGUUCCUGUCUUUCAAAAAAUUGAUGGACUUUGCGUCGGAUGGCAUUCUGAUCAAAGUUAUCAACUGUAUCCAACAGCUUCGUGUAAUGCACCCUCUUGGGUGGUGGAGACAAUUUUUUUUUAUAUUCUUUAAUGUUGAAAAUUUUCUUAGGACGUGAGCCUCUUUCACGUCUUUGAAUAUCAUGAAUAACCAUUUCAGGAUGCUCUAACAUAUCGCUGUUAUAAUAAUAAUAAUAAUAAUAAAUGGCCUUUAUUCGUCACACGAUUACAAAAUAAUUGAUUUAAAAGGAACAGUGACGAAAAGGUGGAGUGUCAGCUUAUGCUGUUUUUCAACCCGACCUGGAAAACAUUGACACAAACUAUAGAGAGAGAGAGAAAAAAAAAACUUAGAAUAUAACACUUAUCAGAGAAAGGAAACAAUCAAUUACCUGUGGAUAUGCAUAAAGUAAAAUUUUAGCCAUCCGACUGCUUUAAACUCAUCUUUAACCUUUUUUUAAAAUUGCUUAGGCUAUAUUCUUUAUACUCACUUGAUAAGCAGUUAUAUAGUUUGGGUGCCCAGUACGAGAAACUGCGUGUGAACAAUGCUGUCGAAUGCCGCGGGAUAAGUAAGAUGAGUUUAUUCCUAGAGGAUCUUUGAUCGUACUGGCAGAGGAGGCUUAGUUUUGUAUAAAGAUAAUAUGGCGCUUUAAGGAUAAGGGUCUUAUGUACCAAAGAUAGGCAAUGCAGUUUCCUCAAUUUGUUCAUCUUAAACCAUCCCGAUUGGUCAAAAGCGCUACUAAUAUGAUCAAAUUUACGGAUUCCAUAAGAAAAUCUGAUGCAUGAGUUUUGUAUCAUCUGAAUCCGCUCGGCAUCACGUUGUAAAAGAGCAGGUCCAUAAACAGAGUCACCGUAAGAUAAUUUUGACAGGAUAAGGGACUCGCAGAGUUUAAGCUUGAGCUGUGUCGACAGGACACUUCGACCCGGGUAUAACUGACGAAGCACAUUAUAGGACGCAUUGCAUAGUUGGUUAACAUGUUUAGUGAAGCGUAGCUUGCAGUCAAACCAGAUACCAAGGUUUUUGCAUUCGUUUACGAGGGAUAUGUCUUCAUUAUUCACCAUAAUAUUAAUGCGAUAUUGAUUUAUUUCACGAUUCUUUUUGGGCCCAAAUAAAAUGCAGCAUGAUUUGCCAGGAUUUAGUUUUAGAUUGUGAGCACUAGAUAUGUCAAAAAUAGACUGCAGGUCUUGAUUUAUUUGAUGUUGGCCAAGCAUAUAUUCAUCAGGAUCGAAGCAGUUAUAAAGUUGGGUAUCAUCGGCGUAAUGAUGAACGAUUGAGUUGCUGGCGGUUUCAUGAAAAUCACAUAUAUAAAGAGCAAAUAAAAGGGGACUCAAAAUAGAUCCUUGAGGGACACCAAAAUUUCUGAAUAAAGAAGUUGAUAUAUUGUUUUCAUAUAUGACAGACUGUGAGCGAUCAGUUAAAAAGCUCUUAAUCAGCGUGCAAGCCGAUGAUGACAGGCCAAAGUAUCUAAGCUUUUUACAGAGAAUAUUUGGGUCAACCGUUAUAACGUUAAGGAUAAUUUCUUUUGCCUGAAUAUUCGAAUGUUCCUUCUUGUUACGUUUUCGGGGAGGAGACAUCAAUGAAGAGGAAUGAUGGCUGAAGGAAGCAUUGGUAGAAAUAUUCUGUUUCAUCUGCUGUAUCCGCAGACGACUUGCUAACAUAUGAGCCUGAGUUCCAUCCUGUUGAAUCCUGCACUUGCUCGUAAUUUUAUGGCCGCGCGGCGUCUUUGUUGUGCCGGGGCGUAAAUGGACUACGAAUAGGGUAUAAUUUGUGGAAUCAUACCUUUAUAAUCAUAAUGUUCUUUGUUAAUAUAUUUUAUAGGAAUUGUAAGUGUAAACAAGCUAAUUCUAUCUCACUAUCUUUUAACUAGUCCCGUAUGAGUGCGAUCCGAAGAAUCUUUAUUUUUUUUAUGCACCGAAAUCUUCGAUUCGCCUUUAGAUUAAUGACAAAUUCCUUUUUUAUGUAUUUUAUUUUAAAUGUUAAUCGUCU